AUGUCUGAUUCAGUUCAUCAACCAAAAGAAAAUGAUCAUAAUAAUAUUAAACAUGAUGUUCAGACAGAAAAUGUUGAUGUUGAUGUUGAUGGUUGUGAUAAUGUAAAAAAACAUGUUCCCGAAACUUAUGAAAGUAAUGAUAUUUCUUUGUUUUCAAAUUUGAACCGUUCUCUGACAGAUGCUGAAAAAAUAUUGGUAUUUCGUACUCAUGCUAAAUGGGAAUAUCAUCUAAAAUCAGUAAUAGACGCUGAGAGUUUUUUGAAUAUAUUUGAGAAGAAGGAAAUUCCUUUAAUACAACAAAUUGAUAGUGAACGUGCUAAGCAAGUACAAGAAAAUAGAAAGCGACUUAUUCCAAUAAUACAGUGCGUUAUUUUAUGUGGCCGUGAAGAAAUACCUUUAAGAGGACACCGUGAUUUUGGAUCAUUUAAUAUUAAAGAUGAACAAAGUAAUGAAAGUAACUUUCGAGCUAUCCUUAAAUAUCGAGCAAAAGGAGAUGAUUAUCUGAAAUCAGUACUUGAAGGUCCAGGUAAACGAAACAAAUACAAUACACCAGUCCUGACAACUGAUGUAUCAAAUGUAGAGCAGUUGUCACUUUGUAUUAGAUAUGUUGACAACAAUGACAUGCUAAAUGAAGAUUUUCUUCAGUUUUUUGCUAUUCAUAGCCUAACAGGAUCACACUUGGCUACAUCAAUAUUGAUAGGUUUGAGUGAUUGUGGAGUAAAUUCCGAGUUUAUGUAUGGACAAGGCUAUGAAGGAGCUAGCAAUAUGGCUGGGCAAUUUAAAGGUGUUCAAAAAAUUAUAAGAGAUAAAUACCCUAACGCUCUAUACGUACACUGUUCAGCGCAUUCCCUGAACUUAGCAGUUUCAUCUUCUAGCAAUACAAAACCAAUUAGAAACUCUCUAAACUUCAUAUCUAUUGAAUGGAAAGAUUCAUCUUCCACUGAUGUCAAUAUGUUUUUGAAAUGUAUUCAAGAUUCAGAGUUCUUGGUUUCCCUUUAUGUUACAAAGGUAUUGUUUUCAUAUGGCUUGCCAGUAUGCAAACAAUUUCAAAAAGAGAGAAUAGAUUUGAAGAAAACGGUUGAUAUUGUGGAAAACUUAAUACAAUCAUUAAUGAAUGUAAGAGAAGAUGCUGAAAAUGAGUUUAAGAGAAUAAUUGAUGAAGCUCAUACAAUGGCUGAAUUAAUUGGAACAUCAAUCUUUAGAAAAAGGAUUACAUCAAAGCAAAUAAAUCGAGCAAAUCCUCAAAAUUUAAAGUCUACUGAGGAAUAUUAUCGAGUAACUGUGUUUUUGCCAUACAUUGAUAAUUUCAUCUCACUGACCGAUAGAUUUGUGAAUCAUAAAAACGUUUUAAGAGGAUUUGAGUGCCUAUUUCAUUCAGAAUUUUCUGAUGAAGACAGAAAUGAAUUUCAGCACCUAAUUGAAUUACAUUCUCCUGCAAUUGAUAGACACAAUGUUCUUGCAGAAUUGAAGAUGUGGAAAUUAAAACUAGCCUCCAGUAAUAAUGAAAUUACUAAAACUGGGAUAGAAGCGUUUCUUAACUGUGAUAAAGAAAUUUAUCCAAAUAUCAAACUUCUGUUAAAAAUAUUUGUUCCAUUGCCUGUAUCGACUGAAACUCCUGAAAGGAGUUUUUCUAGUUUAAAGAGACUUAAAACUCAUCUACGGAAUACAAUGAAUGAGACGCGACUGAAUGGAUUAUCGUUACUGUCAGUACAUAGAGAUAUUGAUCUAUCCGUGGAAGAAGUUGUGGAUGAAUUGUCUAAAAAAUCUAGAAAACUAGAUUUUGUUUUAUAA